AUGUCUACCACUGUUCAAGAAAAGUCCAAACUCUUUGUUCCGGCACAAUCGCCACCCAAGACAUCCGUAAACAGAUGGAGAGCUUUCUAUGAGCUUGCUCGGGUCCACAAACCAGCUGGAGUCUUAGCCUUUCACAUACCGCUCUUGCUCGGGUCUCUUGUGUCUGUGGAUACGGAAGUCCCUCGCCCGGAAUUCCUCGAUGGGGCAAUUUUCUUCGUGCAACUCUUUCUAUCAUCCUUCGUCCUGCGCUCCGCUGCCUGUGUCUGGAACGAUGCUGCCGACUACAAAUUUGAUAGCCAGGUCGCUCGUACGCGGACAAGGCCCAUUCCUAGCGGAGCCGCAACUCCCGCCGCGGCCAGGGUGUUCGCGGUUGCCCUCAUCUUCCUGUGGGUCGGGAUUGUAUGGCAGGCGUCGGGAGACCAGGCUUUCUAUACAUUGAUCCCUAACUUUCUUUUCAAUGUGGCCUACCCGUUCGCGAAGCGUGUUACCGACUACCCGCAACUCUUCCUGGGACUAAUGUUCUCCUGGAACGUCUUGACUGGCUAUAUGAUGACAACGCGGUAUGACAUGAUCGAGGCAUUGCAGAUGCCACAGAUUCAACAGAGUCUGGGGUAUCUGGCAGUUGCAAAUGUGGCUUGGACUGUGCUUUAUGACACCAUCUAUGCGUAUCAAGAUAUUGCAGAUGACGAGAAAGCUGGUGUUAGGUCCUUAGCUUUGAAAUGGAAAUCAUACGGGAAAUUAGCUCUGUCAAUCCUAGCAGGCAUCGAGGUCGGAUCCCUUGUGGCGGCUGGAAUUGCCAUCGAUGCCGGCCCUUGGUACUUUUCCUUCUCCUGCCUAGGCUCUGCCAUGGUCGCUGCGGUUGGGCUUAUAACCCUUGAUCUUACAAACCCGGAGAACUGCGGGUUGUGGUUCAAGAGACAUCUUCUCUAUGGAGGAAUUACAAUGUGCACCGGGUUUGUGGUGGAAUAUGUCCAGAAGCUGUAG